AUGGAAGCAACUCUUGAGCAACUAGAGCGCAAGAAAAAGAAGGAAGAGAAGGCUCGAGAAAAAGAACUGAAAAAACUUAAAGCUGCACAAAAAGAAGCUAAAUUUAAGGUACAUCUCCAAUCCAAGAAAAAAUCAAGGCAAGAUGAGGAGGAGAAGGUGGGCGAGGAGGAAAUUUUUAGAGAUCCACCAACUCCUUCUGGACAAAAGAAAAUACUUUCUGCUCUUAUGCCAAAAAACUACAAUCCCUCCAGUGUAGAGAAAUGUUGGUACGAUUGGUGGGAGGCUUCAGGGUUUUUUGUGGCCAAUGCCAGCAGUUCUAAGCCCCCAUUUGUUAUAUUGCUUCCCCCACCAAAUGUGACCGGGAACCUACAUUUAGGGCAUGCCCUCACAGCAGCCAUUCAGGAUACAAUGAUCCGUUGGAAGAGAAUGUCUGGAUUUAAUGCCUUAUGGGUGCCUGGUCUUGACCAUGCUGGAAUUGCGACACAGGUCGUAGUAGAGAAGAAGUUAAUGCAUGAGAGUCACUUAACAAGGCACGAUCUAGGUCGUGAAAAAUUUGUAUCUGAAGUUUGGAAGUGGAAGCACGAGCAUGGAGGUAACAUAUUAAAACAGCUUCGCCGGUUGGGUGCAUCCCUCGACUGGUCCCGUGAGUGUUUUACAAUGGAUGAACAAAGAUCAAAGGCUGUAAUAGAGGAAUUUGUUCGGCUAUACAAGGAAGGUCUGAUAUAUAGGGAUCUCCGGCUAGUAAACUGGGACUGCACCUUACGAACUGCUAUAUCUGAUGAUGAGGUAGAUAAAAUUGAUAUCAAAGAGAGGAAAUUUCUAAAUAUUCCUGGUUAUAACAAACAAGUGGAAUUUGGUGUUUUGACCUCAUUUGCCUACCCUCUUGAGGGAGGGCUUGGUGAAAUUCUUGUUUCCACUACUAGGGUGGAAACAAUUCUUGGUGAUACAGCUAUUGCUGUACAUCCAGAUGAUGAGAGGUACGGUCAUUUGCAUGGAAAAUUCGCUAUUCAUCCAUUCAAUGGGAGAAAACUUCCAAUAAUCUGUGAUGCCAUUCUUGUUGAUCCAGGUUUUGGGACAGGUGCUGUUAAGAUCACUCCUGCCCAUGAUCCGGAGGAUUUUAAGGCUGGGAAACGUCACAAUCUUGAAUUUAUUGAUAUCUUUACUGAUGAUGGAAAGAUAAAUGACAAUGGUGGUGCAGAGUUCUCAGGGAUGCCACGUUUCCAGGCACGUGAGGCAGUGAAGGAAGCGCUAAAGAAAAAAGGAUUGUAUAGAGGUGCUGAAAACAAUGAGAUGCGACUUGGCCUUUGUUCGAGAAGCAAUGAUGUUGUGGAGCCAAUGCUAAAGCCCCAGUGGUUUGUUAACUGUAAUGAUUUGGCAAAGAAAGCUCUUAAAGCGGCAACAGUUGGAGAAAAUCCAACGCUUGAAUUCAUACCGAAGCAAUUUUUGGCUGAAUGGAAAAGAUGGCUUGGAAAUAUACGUGAUUGGUGCAUCUCAAGGCAGCUUUGGUGGGGUCACCGCAUUCCUGCAUGGUAUGUUACACUUGAAGAUGAUGCAGAGAAGGAUUUUGGGGUCUACAAUGACCACUGGGUAGUGGGUAGGAAUGUGGAGGAGGCUUUAGCAGAGGCUAGCCAGAAAUUUUCUGGGAAGAAGUUUGAUAUUAGCCAAGAUCCAGACGUGUUGGACACCUGGUUUUCUUCUGGUUUAUUUCCAUUAGCUGCGUUGGGAUGGCCUGACGAUACUGGUGAUUUAAGAGCAUUUUAUCCAACUUCGGUUCUUGAAACUGGGCAUGAUAUUCUAUUCUUUUGGGUCGCUCGGAUGGUGAUGUUAGGAAUUCAAUUGGGAGGUGAUGUACCUUUCAGGAAGGUUUUCCUGCAUCCUAUGGUUCGUGAUGCACAUGGCCGUAAGAUGUCGAAAUCUUUGGGAAAUGUUAUUGACCCACUUGAAGUAAUAGAUGGAAUAAGCCUUGAAGGCCUUCACAAAAGGCUUGAGGAAGGUAACUUGGAUAAAAAAGAGCUGGUUGUGGCAAAAGCAGGACAGAAGCAAGACUUCCCUAACGGUAUAGCUGAAUGCGGUACGGAUGCUCUUCGAUUUGCUCUUGUCUCCUAUACAGCUCAGUCUGACAAAAUAAAUUUGGACAUCCAACGAGUUGUUGGAUAUCGUCAGUGGUGUAACAAACUAUGGAAUGCUGUUCGAUUUGCAAUGAGCAAAUUUGACUCUGAUUACACUGUGUCAGCUUUGGAUUCAUAUGAGCUCUCAGAUGCUGCCAGCACAGUCUAUUCAUGGUGGCAAUAUCAAUUCUGUGACAUUUUCAUUGAGUCAAUUAAACCUUACUUUGCUGGGGAUGAUAUAGCAUUUGCCUCCGAGAGUUCUGCACAGGACACUCUCUGGGUAUGUUUGGAUAGUGGACUGAGAUUACUUCAUCCGUUUAUGCCAUUUGUUACAGAAGAAUUGUGGCAACGCCUUCCUCCUGCCAGGGGCCACACAAGGAAAGAGUCAAUUAUGACAUCUGAAUACCCAUCAGCUGCAGAGGCCUGGAGAAAUGAAGAGGUGGAAUAUGAAAUGAACCUUGUUGAGUCCACCGUUAAAUGUCUAAGGUUGUUGAGGGCUGAGGUGCUUGAGGAGCAAAAAAAUAAAAGGCUACCAGCUUUUGCAUUUUGCAAAAUGAGAGCUGAUGCUGAGAUCCUCAGAAGCCGCAACUUUGAGAUUUUAACUCUUGCGAAAAAUUUGUCAUCUAUUCAGGUUCUGUUGAGUGGCAAAGAUGCUCCUUCUACUGGAUGUGCAUUUGAGAAUGUUAACGAGAGUCUUGCAGUCUAUCUUAAGGCUGAAGGGAAAGUUAACGUAGAAGUAGAGCUUGUGAAGAUGAGAAACAGAUUGGAUGAGAUACAGAAACAACAGGAGAAAUUGGAGAGGAAGAUUAAUGCAUCAGGCUAUAAGGAAAAAGUACCUCUUGAAAUUCAGGACAAGGAUGCUGAAAAGCUGACUAAACUAUUUCAAGAAAUGGAACUUUUCAAGAAAGAGAGUGAACGGUUGGAAGCUGAGAACUUGUAA